AUGUCUACCCAACCUCCCAAGCAUGAGAUGGUCUACUUUGACGGCCUGACCUCUAAGGUCCGCUCCUUUGGCCAAUUCAGAAAGGUCAUUCACACGGGUCUGUACUCGCAGCUGGUCACCAUGGAGAUCCCAGUGGGAGGAGAUAUCGGCAAUGAAGUACACUUGGUAGAUCAAGUCUUGAUCUUCACCAGCGGCACUGGAAAGGCCGUUGUAGCUGGAAAGGAACAGGACAUCAAAGCCAGCGACGUCGUAGUAGUCCCAGCGGGAACAGAGCACCAGUUCUACAACACAAGCAAGGACAAGCCAUUGGAAUUGGUUACUGUGUACAGCCCUGCCGAGCACGAUAGCAGAACAGUGCACAAGACAAAGGAGGAAGGUGAUGAAGAAGAGGACGCAGGCAGAGACGAAGCCCCAGAGUGGAGCAGACAGAGCAAGGAAACCAAUGAGAAGAAGGGUCUUGUCAAGGAGGAGGGCGGUCCUUACGAGAACGGUGAUGAUGGAAGACAUGGUCGCAAGGUCGAGUAA